AUGACCGACCUCCUGACGAUUCACGGAUAUGGCUUGGUGCUGAGUGCUCUCAUGGCCAAGUAUCGUCCGUGCUUGGACGUUUCCUGUAUCAUGCAGAGGGCCAAGGCAGAAAGUUUCGCGAACUACGUCGCGGCCAAGGAAGUCGCUCGUCAGGAGAUGGAAGAUGGAAGGGAGCAAGGCCAGAUGUGGACGUUCGAUCAAGUGGUUGCCUUACUUCGUCCACUUGACAGGCUUAAGCUCCUGGCUCAAGCUGCUGGAGCAGAGUUGGGGGCCCAGGCAUCCAAGCGCUACCCCGUCUUGAAAAUGGAUGAGGACCCGCACAUUGCUGAAGGAGAAGCAGAGUCUGAGCACGAGUACUCAGAGGAUGAAGAACUGGACCUGGCUGAAGGUGAGUACAUGUUCGAAGACAAGGAGUACACGGAAGAUGCGCCGGGAAAGGCAGAGCCGCAGGACCCCCUUCGAAGUCCUCCUUUGUCUGCCGCGGCAAUGGUCUUCCGACCUCAUGAUGUUCAGCCAGCCCACUUCUUUUUGUGUUCCCUCGGAAAGGAUCUUGGCCGGCUCUACACACUUCGAGCUGGUUCCCCACGGCCGGCAGCGGAGUACGCGGAUUGGCUGGCCCGGGCCGCGGCGCAUGCUUUGUUUGACCAUCAGUUAGCCGAGUUGGCUUUUCAAUGCGACGGCGGUGGCCAGACCGGGUCGCCGACAUUAUCGGACAUUGACGAGAUGUUGGACAGUCCGCUUGUGGAUGCCGACGUGUCCCAGCAACUUCCUCCGCUACAACUCCCCGAAGAAGGAGACGAAGCGGUGGUUCAGAAGGAGCUCCGAGACAUGGAUGUGAGUCAUGAUGUGAGUCAAGUUCCAGAGUCCCCGGCGCGGGGAAGUGAAGUCGAUAUCGUUGACCCUCCUCCAGAGCUGCGUCAUGAACUCUAUCGUCUACAUCGAAAUCUCGGACCUCCUGAGCUAGGCACGUUUUGCCGAGCACUGCGAAAUGCCAGAGUACGCUCCGAUCGUCCCAUUUGUGAGAAGAGGAAGCGGCCGGGACCGCACCGACCAGCUCAUCUGUCCGGGCAAGUGGAGUUCAAUUCAGUGAUAGGAGUGAUGGUGAUGAUAGUGAUCUCCAAGAACCCCGAGGAAGUGACCCGUGCCGUGUACCAGGGUUGGUUCAAGUAUUUUGGGCCUCCUCACCUCACGGUUGUAGACCAUGGCACUGAAUCCAGCUCUCGCCAUUUCACAGACACCCUUGGCGAAUGGGGCACAGUGAUCCAUUUCACCGAUGCCUUGUCUCCCUGGCAAAAUAGUCGCACGGAACGAGCCGGAGCCUCGCUGAAGGCUGUCUUGGGAAAGAUCCUGGAUGAGCAGGUGGCAAUCUCCAACGAGGAAUUUGAGCAAGCUGUGAGCAAGCGGACUCCUUAUGCCCGCAUGUCGGAUGAUGUCAUUGACCGUGACCUCGUGAACCACACUCAUUCUGAUCAUACGCGAAAGGCGCAAGAGAUGAGAACCAAGGCUAUGAAGGCUUGGGCCGAAGUUCAAGACGAGACGGCUAUUCAACGAGCUGUACGAACAAAUGUCAAGACGUCCGACGAGAACGAGUUUGCCGACGGCGACGUGGUCUAUGUCUGGAGGCAGACGACUGUGACAAACAGGCUGGGUUGGUCCGGGAGUCGUGAUCAGCCAGACCGGCGGUCUUUGUGGGUGAGCCUUCGAGGCUAUCUCAUCAAGGCUUUGAGAGAGCAGGUUGGGCUAUUCCCUGGAUGCUCGGAGGAGCAACUCAUACUUCUCCACACAGAGGUGUAUGGCCUCGUCUCAGGACCGUCGUGGUGGAGAAGACCGCUGCUGGAUGUCCUUCUGAAGCUCGGGAACCAGUUGAACCCUUACGAGAGGUGCGUGUUGACUCUUCCAGCACAGCCGAAGGACUGCCCGAAAGACCUUCAGAAACUUGCCCAAAUCAACCUGAAAGACCUGCGACCUCGACCUCUACCUCUCCGGCUACUUGUUCUUCUUCCUCUUCUUCGAAAGCUUCCAGCUCCGAGAAAACUCGUGGCGUGA